AUGGCCUUCCUCCGCCGCUCCUCCACCACCGCCGCCCUCUUCGCUCUCCACCUCCUCACCACCGCCUCCGUCGCGUCCUGGCCAUCGUCCCUGCCAGAGCAGCAGGACGACAUGCCAGCGCUGCUCCACCUCAAGCGCGGCCUCACCUCCGGCGCCGGCUCCGGCGACGCUCUCCGCCAGUGGUCGCCGGAGUCCGGUGCCCACCACUGCUCCUGGCCGGGGGUCACCUGUGACGACGCGGGGUCCGGGCUCGUCGUGGCCCUCGCGCUUCCGUCCCCACCCGGCGGCCGCCUCGCAGGGGAGCUGUCCCCGGCGGUCGCUCGCCUCACCGAGCUCAAAUCGCUCGCCUUUCCCUCGGCGGGGCUCCGCGGCGAGAUUCCUCCGCAGCUCUGGCGGCUGCGGCGCCUCCAGGUGCUCAACCUCGCCGGCAACUCCCUCCGUGGCCGCCUGCCGGCCACCUUACCGGAAGGGCUGAAAAGCUUGGACCUUUCCGGGAACCGGCUGAGCGGGGCAAUCCCGCCGGCGCUGGGGAGCUGCGCCACGCUCCGGCGCCUGCGCCAGUCCUCCAAUUCAAGCCUCGUCUGGAUGGAUCUCAGCGGCAACUUGCUCUACGGCCGGCUUCCCUCAGGCCUCGCGGAGAAGAACCUGAAAUUUCUCUCGUUGUCCGGCAAUAAUUUCAGCGUUACUGGUGAACUGUUUCCUGUUUCUCCUAUGCCAACAAUUAUCCCUGAGCUGACUGAGACAAGGCCAGGCACUUCUAAUGGCAGCCCCAGCAGCAGCAGUAGCAGCAACGGUGAUGGUGGCUUGGGUAUCAAAGAGAUUGUUGCCAUAGCUUCAGCAUCAGCCAUUGCUGUGGUUCUGUUAGUUGCACUCACCCUGUGCAUCUGCACAAGGAAAUGGCCUCAGAGAGCAUCAAAGCGCUCUUUUAGGGGAAGGGAAGUCAAGAUUUUCGCCGAUGUUGAAAUUGGAGCCCCCCUGACAUAUGAGACUGUGGUCCGCGCCACUGGGAAUUUCAAUGCUAGCAGCUGCAUUGGCACCGGCGGCUUUGGCGCGACAUACGGAGCCGAGGUGGCACCUGGAGUUCUUGUGGCAAUAAAGAGGCUUGCUAUUGGGAAGCAGCAUGGCGACAAGGAGUUCCAAGCAGAAGUGAGGAUCCUUGGGCAAUGCUGUCAUCCUCAUCUUGUCACUCUCUUGGGGUACCACAUCAGCGAGUCGGAUAUGUUUCUGAUAUACAACUAUCUGCCAGGUGGCAACCUGGAAAGGUUCAUACAAGAGAGGUUCAUACAAGAGAGGGGUAAGAGGCCAAUCAGCUGGAGAAGACUUCACAAGAUUGCUCUGGAUGUUGCUCGUGCGCUUGCGUACAUGCAUGACGAAUGCGCCCCCCGCAUUCUGCACCGAGAUGUCAAGCCAAACAACAUAUUGCUCGACAAUGAAUGCAACGCCUACCUUUCUGAUUUUGGAUUGGCGAGGCUUCUCCAGAACUCAGAAACACAUGCGACAACGGAUGUUGCUGGUACUUUUGGUUAUGUGGCUCCUGAGUAUGCAAUGACAUGCCGCGUGUCUGACAAGGCAGAUGUCUACAGUUACGGAGUUGUGCUGCUGGAGCUGAUUUCAGACAACAAAGCACUGGACCCAUCAUUUUCUCCAUAUGAAAAUGGUUUCAACAUUGUCAGCUGGGCUGUGAAUCUUAUCCAAAGAGGCAGGGUUCGCGAGUUCUUCAUCGAAGGCUUGUGGGAGAAGGCCCCGCAUGAUGAUCUGGUUGAGUUCCUGAACCUGGCGGUCCGGUGCACACAGGAGUCUCUUGCUUCUAGGCCCACAAUGAAGCAUGUUGUUCGACGCCUAAGGGAACUCCGACCCCCUUCUUACUAG